UGGGGACGGUCCUCUCGCUGGCCGGGCUGCAGCGUGGAGACCCGGAGGACCCGGCGGGGCGGCGGCCCCGCCCCGCGAUGCUUUUUCUUUGGGGAUCUCCAGGAGAGCCUUUAAAAAUAGCCUGGCUGACGUGUGAAGAGCGGCUUCUAUGGCAAGGGACGAAGUGCCUGCUCUAGCGCAAGCUUGAGCGAGGAUUGAGCGAGGAGGAGAAGGGGCCGAGGCCGCCCGCGGGGAGAAGCGUCAACGCCGCCGCCUGAAGUGGGGCAAAGGUCGCGCGUGGCACCCACCGCCUGCGGCGGCCCAGACGCUCUGGUUCUUGUGCCCGAAGCAUUUUCACUCUCGACAUAAUAGGGAAAACAGAAUUUUCCAUAAAAGGAUUUUGUUUUUCCCUUGAAGACGGUACACUUACCGGGUCAUCUUUGGGCCUUCCCUUUCUUGAUAAAGAAACUCAAAACAGUGACCUCUUUCAUAUAUUCUAGUUAGCUCGUGUCAAAUGAGGCGUUUAACUCAUCAGCAUUUCGGUUAGGUUUGAAGCUGAUAGAUAACAGAUAACUGAUUUAUGGACACCUGAGUUCAGUCCGGAGCUAUGCCACCUCGGGGGUAUUGAGUUUCUGGCCUCAGGUUUAUCACCUCUUUGGGAAGAUGAAACUAGCACCUUGGAUGUAAUCCAUGACACCAAUUUGCGUUACAUUGUGAAAUCCGCCGACGACUUUUCUAAGACUUAAGAGGAGGAAGAGACCCAUGCGAAUAAAAGAAUCGGGGAAACAUUCCAAGAAGAGGCCCAUCUUCAAGUUUAGAGUGGCUGCACCAGUUUGCAUUCCCACCAGCAGUUCAAAAGAGAUCCUCUUUCUCCGCAUCCUGGCCAACAUCUGUUAUUGCCUGAGUUGUUAAUGCUAGCCAUCCUGACAGGUGCAGAACAGUUCCAUUUCCAAUGUCCUGACCUUUCACAGUAUCUGCAAGAGUCUUCAGAUGAACAAGGGAGAUGUGGGACUUGGUAGAGGUGCUCUGAUUUGGGGGAACACAAGCCAACUUAGAGCCUUCAUACCAGUCUCAUCUACCAGUUGUAUCCUUUAAAAGGUCAGCUGCAUCAGAAAACGAGGACGCAGCGCCGUCCCUGGGGUUGGCUUCAGUGCAAGUUGGCUUGAACCCAAGGAGGAGGUCACUUUAUACCCAUCUGGAAGCAGCCAUAAGGUACAUGGCUAAGCCCUGGACACCGGCCGCACCUUAUGCAGGAUUCCACAGUCCCCCCUGGUGAAUUCUUGAUGGAUUUCACUCCUGAUUGCUGGCAAUUCCUGGGCAGGAGAGAUGGCCCUGAUCAGGCUGGGGUUUGGAAGGCAGCAUCUUUGUCUGUUAAGGAGGAGGAGUUUCUUGCUGUCGAAACUCAUAGCCGUUGUCUUUGCUGUGCUUCUAUUCUGCGAAUUUUUAAUCUAUUACUUAGUGAUCUUUCGAUGCGAUUGGCCUGAGGUGAAAACUCCAGCCCACAACAGUGGACAAGAGACUCUGAAAGCCAUGUUUUUGGCUGAUACGCACUUGCUUGGGGAAAUACGAGGCCAUUGGCUAGACAAAUUACGAAGGGAGUGGCAAAUGGAGAGAGCCUUCCAGACAGCUCUGUGGUUGUUGCAGCCAGAAGUCGUCUUCAUCCUAGGGGACAUCUUUGAUGAAGGGAAGUGGAGCUCCCCCCAGGCCUGGGCAGAUGAUGUGGAGCGGUUUCAGAAAAUAUUCAGACACCCACAUCAUGUGCUGCUGAAGGUGGUUGCUGGCAACCAUGACAUUGGCUUCCACUAUCAGAUGAGCACAUACAAAAUAAAACGAUUUGAGAAAGUUUUCAACCCUGAAAGGCUGUUUUCUUGGAAAGGAAUUAAUUUUGUGAUGGUCAACAGUGUUGCCCUGGAAGGGGACGGCUGCAACCUUUGCUCUGAAGCAGAAGCUGAAAUUAUCGAAAUUUCUCACAAACUGAAUUGCUCCCGAGAGCAGGAACAUCACUCCAGCAGGUGCACAGAUGAGCAGCUGCUGCCGGCGUCAGCCCCGGUCCUUCUGCAGCAUUUCCCCCUUUACCGGAGAAGCGAUGCUAAUUGUUCCGGGGACGAUGCCGCACCUCUGGAAGAGCGGGACAUCCCCUUUAAGGAGAGAUACGAUGCACUUUCCCGGGAGGCCUCACAAAAGCUGCUCUGGUGGCUCCGGCCGCGGCUGGUCCUGAGCGGCCACACGCACAGCGCCUGCGAGGUGCUCCACGGGGCGGGGACCAUGGAGAUCAGCGUGCCGUCUUUCAGUUGGAGGAACAGAAACAACCCCAGUUUCAUCAUGGGCAUGUUGACCCCCACAGAGUACGCCCUUGCCAAGUGCUACCUCCCCUACGAGAACACCGUUCUGGCCACAUACUGUGUAGCAGUUGGGUUCCUUGCAGUCCUCAUGUUAGCUCACUUUAAGCUCCUAGCCUCGCCUCUUCUCUUUGGUUGGAACUUGCUCAGAAAACUUAAGACAACGUAAAGCGCAGGAGACGCUUUUGCAUUUCGUCACAAAUAACAAAGGCAGGAAAACUGAACUCUGGGUAGUGCUCAUGUGAGAAGGGGACAAAGCGGGUGGCGGUCUUUACACCCAUCACAGGAACUGUAAAUCACGGAUGCGAACUCCUGCAAGGAUAAAUAGUUGACUGUACUGUUCUCAUGCUAUAACAAUGGAACGUGUACUCUACAACAAGUCUGUUUUCUCAUUUUAUCAAAUAUAUGUAUAACCAAAGAUCAUGUCUGUACAAUAUGUAAAAGCUAUUAAAGUCUCACUUGCAUGCAC